AUGAGUGAGGGCCAUAUUCAGCAGAAAAUUGGACAUUUCAGUUCGUGUAAAGGGGGGCAGACAUCGUCAGAAUGUGAAAUUGCUGGUUUUCCGUGGAAAUUGCUUACAAAGCCGCAGUUUUUGGAUGAGACAGAUAACGUGGAAUACCUCAAUGGUCUUACACAUUUCCAGCUGGUCUUCGAGUUCAAUCUUAGGCAAAAUAACAGGGGUUACCAGAAAUUUAUUGAGAGGAAAGAAGUUAUUGACCAAGAUAAAGGAUAUAUUAACAAUGAUGAAAUCGUUAUUAACGUAAAAAUUAGCGUCAAGGAUGCUAGUGGAGUUUGGGGUCCCACUUUUUGCAAUUUCUUGGUCGAUGAACCUACUUCUGACGCGCUUCUGCUUGUGGGUGGCUCAAAACUCCAUGUUAACAAAGGAGUAAGAAAAUAA